AUGAUUGAUCCAAGGGAUGAAGUUGUCAACAAGGAUGACUUACUUAGUGAUGACUCUUCGGAUGAAUUGAAAGAUCUAUACAAAGAGUUCGAGCUCAAGUACCAAGCCAUCAAGAGGAAAGAGUUGGAAAAGAAGAAUAAACAGAAUGAUUCAACAAAGAUUUCUCACGAGACGAAUGUUACAGUUGUACCAAGGUCUCCGAGCAAAAUAGAUAAGCCAGUUGAAGCACCAAAUAAAUUGAAAAAAGAAGUUGAUUUACCGUUGCCAAACACGAAGAAAGCGUCGGAAUUUUUAUCUCAGUUGUACAAUGCAAACAUGACAAAAUCUCAAGAAAAGUAUGAAGGAAUAGAUUACAGUUUGCGCAAAUUCGAAUUCGAUUUCACCGACUGCAAAUCUAAACCAAGGGACGUUGUUGACGAUUUAUGCCCUUUGUCGGGCCUUUACUUGAGACGAAGAUAUUACCCCAAAGACAAAGUGAAUCAACUCAUUAAGAAAACCGACGAAAAUAUGAAAAUCCUUAAAAUUGACAAAAUGUUAGCAAAGACAAACAAGACGAAUAAUUAUCGCGAACCAAUGUAUACCAACUGGUGUCUAGUUGGAUUUGUGUUGCACAAAUCAGAGGUUUUAUACACGAAAAACGAUAAGAAAUACAUGAAACUAAAAAUAGGUGGUUUUCAAAAUAGUAUAGAAUUGCUACUAUUUGACGGGGCAUUUGAGAAAAAUCACAAGCUACAACAAGGCGAUUUAAUCUUGGUGUUAAACCCUAUUGUGAAUAAGUAUGAGAUCAAAGUCAAUGAACAUGUUUCCAAGACGGGGUUUAAUUUGAAGCUUGAUGGAUCGAAUAUCAAUAGUAUUUUGGAAAUUGGUGCAAUAAGAGAUUUUGCAAUUUGUCGAUUUGUGAAAAAGUUAGACAACCAAAGGUGUACCAAUGUUGUUAACGUCACUAAACAACACUUGUGUGACAUUCACUUGGAUAACAAAUUCAGACGGAGUACAAGAAUGGAAUUGAAUGGAGUAUCGUUGAGAUCACCCACCAAGAAUAAAACAAAAGUGUUUCUCAACAUGAACAAGAGUCUGAACCCGAGCAACUCCACUGGGUUUAUGAGAGAAUAUAAUGAAGAUUCGACAUUUACCACCUCGGGUUCUGGAAAGAUUGAUUCGAGAAAAUACCAGGAUCCAAAAUUAUUGCAAACACAAUUGAAAAAAAGAAAAUUGCAAAAUGAUCGAGCAAAUGAGUUGUUGGAGAGGAAAUUGUCCAAACUAUCAUCAAGAAAUCCCAUCGUUGAAAGCUUGAAUAUCAAGAAUAGAAGUGGUGAAUCAAUCCGACAAAACCCCCAAUCCAGCCAUUUUCCCUCAUCGAUGAUAUCUAAAAUAGGAUUUGACCCAACUAAUCAAGACAAUGAUAAAUCCAAAGAGACACAUCCAGAAAGACUUCAAGAAUUGUACGAACUAAGUGCAAAAUGCUCAACCAAUAAGUCACUUGUGUCCUCUCUGGAUGAUAAAAGGAGUAAAUUACAAAAGUGGCAGAAAAAUAUAAACACCUUGAAAAACUACGACUCGAAAUUAAUGGAGCUGAAUUUGAAUUUGAGCAAACCUGUGGUUAAUAGUAUAAAGAAGGUGGGUGUGGUGCAGAAUAGAGUAACAAAAACUAGCCGCGUCGUUUUCAGUGAUGAGGAUGAUGAUGAUGAAAUUAACGAUAAGCGUAUUGACGAUGAUGACGAUGAUGACUUAAAUAUAGUCUUUGGUAAUGAUGACAUGAAGGCUAAGUAUGAAAAAGUGGUAGGUAGAUAG